CUGCGGGCCCGGGACCCUGCCAGCCGGGGAGACAGGUACAUGCUGGUGACCUUCGAUGACCCGCCACACGGUAUCAAGGCUGGCUGGAAAGAAAACCAUGCAACCUUCAUGAACGAAUUGAAAAAUCUUCAAGCUGUAGGACUAUCAACUCUUGGCCAGUCUUUAAGGACAUCCUUUGAUUUAUUAAAUUUAAAUAGAUUAGUUACUGGAAUAGACAACUAUGGUCAGGGGCGAAAUCCUUUCUUUCUGGAACCAUCAAUUAUUGUUACAAUUACUGAUGGAAACAAAUUGACAAACAGUAGCGGGAUACAGGAUGAGCUCCACCUUCCACUCAAUUCUCCUUUGCCAGGAAGUGAGUUAACCAAGGAGCCUUUUCGAUGGGAUCAGAGACUAUUUUCCCUUGUCUUACGACUUCCUGGAUUGAUGCCUCCCGAAGCAGAACAGUUGGGUAGUGUGCCAUCUGACGAAUCUGCCAUUACACCCAUGUGUGAAGUUACAGGAGGUCGUUCAUAUUGUGUGUGCACCCAGCGAAUGUUACUCCAGUGUCUGGAAUCACUUGUGCAGAAAGUGCAAAGUGGAGUGGUGCUUAACUUUGAAAAAACUGGCCCAGAUCCAGCACCUGUUGGAGAAGAUGGUAUUCUUGAUGCUCUUAAAUCUGCCCCUCCGUUUGGAUCACAACUUUGGCACAGUUGUCACAAACUCAUCUAUGUACGGCCCAACCACAAAACUGGUGUUCCAGUUGGACAUUGGCCGAUCCCAGAAUCAUUCUGGCCAGACCAAAACUCACCAACCCUACCACCUCGCAACGCUCAUCCUGUGGUGAAAUUUUCCUGCGUUGAUUGUGACCCAAUGGUUAUUGAUAAAUUGCCGUUUGAUAAAUAUGAGCUGGAACCUUCACCUUUAACACAGUUUAUUCUGGAACGUAAAUCUCCUCAUGUCUGCUGGCAGGUAUAUGUGAACAACAGUGGGAAAUAUAGUGACCUGGGUCAUCCUUUUGGUUACCUAAAAGCUAGUACAGCUUUGAAUUGUGUUAACCUUUUUGUGAUGCCUUACAACUAUCCUGUACUGCUUCCACUCCUAGAUGAUUUGUUCAAAGUGCAUAAACUGAAGCCAGUUAUGAAAUGGCGGCAAGCAUUUGAAAAUUACUUGAAGACCAUGCCUCCCUAUUAUAUCGGGCCUUUGAAAAAGGCACUAAGGAUGAUGGGAGCUCCUAACCUGAUUGCUGAAGGUGUGGAUUAUGGUCUUAGCUACAGCGUCAUUUCUUACCUCAAAAAACUUAGUCAACAGGCUAAGGUCGAAUCUGACAGAAUCAUAAGUUCAGUGGGUAAGAAACCAGUUCAAGAGUCUUCCAUUAAAGUGAAGAACAGAAGCAACAGCCUUUCCUUAGCUCAUCGCAAAGACUUGAAGCAAAUCAUGAUGGGGAUCACAGGGGAGCUUCCAUACAGACUUAUGGAUUUAAAUGUGAAGGAGUUUGCUGGAUUCCAGAUUGGAAUCCUGAACAAGGAUUUGAAGCCUCAAAGUUACAAGAAUGCCUAUGAUAUACCAAGGCGAAAUCUUUUGGAUCAACUUACACGCAUGAGGUUAAACUUGUUGAAAACAACACAUGCUGCAUUGAAAGGGCAAGAUGAAGAUCAAGUGCACAGUGUCCCAAUUGCACAGAUGGGGAACUACCAAGAGUUCCUAAAGCAUGUGCCUUCUCCUCUACGUGAACUUGACCCUGAUCAACCCAGACGAUUGCAUACAUUUGGAAAUCCUUUCAAAUUGGAUAAGAAGGGAAUGAUGAUUGAUGAAGCAGAUGAGUUUGUGUCUGGGCCACAGAACAGAAACAAACGACCGAUGGAGCAGAGCAUGUUAGGGAUUCCAAAAAGGCGUCGGUGUAUGUCACCAUUAUUAAAAGGGCGUCCACUAACAGCAACUAAUUACAUUGGAGGAAAGGGCCCUCCUUUUUCACCAGUUCCACAGCCAGACCUUACAAAGCCAGUAGCUGUUCUUCAGGAGGUUGAAGAAAACCAGGCUGUCUGUGUUGACUAUGUUGAAAACAAUAUUGCAGACACAAUUCCAGUUGAAAUUGCAGCCCAGAGACUUGAGUCAGCACCAUCUCCAAUCCAUUCAACAGCUGGUUGUGUGGAGUCCACAAAAGAACUAGUAAAUCAUGAGAUGGACAGUGGUCUUUUAGUAGUCAACAAUAAUUGUAUCGGCAGUGUUGAACUUGACCAUGAACAAUCAAAGGACAGUGAGAUAUGUCAGGAUGGACUUUUGAACAGGUCUUCACCAAAUGCCAUUAAAACACUUAUGAGGUCAAAACAACAGGAAACUAAUACAGAGCUAAGGGCACAAAUUUUUAAGGAGAUUCGCAAGCCAGGCAGACAUUAUGAAAAUAUCUUCUAUUUAUUAAGACUGGUGCAAGGUAGUUUGGAAACCCGGAUGGUAUUUGUGCAAAAUGUCAUCAAAGAAGCAGCAAGGUUUAAAAAGCGAGUAUUAAUUGAAGAGCUGGAAGGAAUUUUGGAAGAAAUACAAAGUAAAUCCAGUCGAGCAAAUCAUAUCAAUAACCGAUAAUGAAUCCUGAGAAACCAUGAGACUGGACUUUGUUGGUAUUCUCUUUCAGCACCCAAGAAAGCCCCAUUUGGACUCCCCUCAAGCUUAUUUUUACUAUACAUUCACUGGUCUAUGCUAAAAUUUGUUUUAACUUUUCUUUGCACCGUUAAACUAUCUGGACCUUGGCAAAAGGAGUCUUUUUUAAAUCGUGCCAUCUGAUGGUGUAUCUGCCACUUGGCUACUAAGAUGUUUGUAUAAUACAUUCAGCACACUGCGCAAGGGGCACUUCACUACCCUAGCAGAUGACUUGUAUGUAAUUUUUACCUUCUAAAAGCCGCCAUUUUGUAGCAACACAUGCUUUCUUCAUUAACCCUUGUUUUUGUGUUGAAGCAGCUUGCUUCAGUGAUAAGUUAGAUCAUUUUGGCAAAAGAUUGAACCAUCUUCGAUUUUGUUACAUUGGAAUUGAAGGAAGAAAUGCCUUUUGCAUCCACUGACUUUUGAAAUGUGUUUUUGUCUUGUCUUCAAUUUAUCACAGUUUCCUUCUAGCCUGGCUUAGCGUCCCCAGGUCAGCCCUUCCAGUCAAUCCUUGGGAACUGGCCCUUGCCAAACCAACUGAAUACUCAAUAUACGGACAUUUGUCUUAAAGCUAAGAUUUGUCGAGAGCAAAUUAUUUUUGAAUGGAACACUGUGUGUUGUAAAUGGCCAUAUUUUGAAAAUUAUUUAAAAUGCUUUUGUUACAAUUUCCUGCAUUAAAAAGUCUAUUUUACAUUGA